GCGCCACUUCUACUGCCACAAGUCAGCCAGUAACCGAGUGGUCAAGUACCACCUCAAGCGCAUGGACAUUGUGUCCGAGCUGGUACUUCCGGGCGCUGCCUGGGCUGACCCCGCGGUGGCCGGACACUCGGACAUUGACCUGGCUGUGGAUGAGUUCGGUCUGUGGGCCCUGUACGCAACACACAGCUCCGCGGGCAAACUGGUCAUCAGCAAGAUCAACCACCGACUCAUGGAGGUAGAGCGCACGUGGCAGACCAGCUACCCGCUACACCUCCUGGGCAAGUCCUUCCUCGUGUGUGGUGUCCUCUAUGCCACCGACUCGGUCAAAGACACGCCCACUUUCCUACGCUACGUCUACAACACGGAGACGGGCAAGGAGCAGAUUUUGGAGCCGGGGGACAUGCCGUUCCCCAACUUCGCGCCCCUUGUCAGCCCUGAAGAUGGAACGACGACGGGCGGCUCUCAAGGUCAGCCUGGCUGGCGCGGAAAGGACAACUCUAACACAUCCAUGCUGAGUUACGACUUCCGGCAGUCGAAGCUGUUCGCCUGGAACAAUGGCAGGAUAGAGGCUUUCCCGAUCUAUUUUAAGGACAUGCCUUGAGGUGUCUGUGUACAGUAGAGACAGAGAGAUGGUUGUUUUAGGGAUAGGCUUGUCAGACAACGCCAGGAUAGAGGCUUUCCCCAUCUACUUCAAGGACACACCUUGACUGUCUGUGUACAGUAGAUACAGUUGAUGGUUGUUGUUGGGGUAGGCUUUUCGAACAACGGCAAGAUAGAGGCUUUCCCCAUCUACUUCAAAGACAUGCCUUGAGGUGUCUGUGUACAGUGGAGACAUCUGAUGGUUGUUGUUGUGGUUCGCCUGGAACAAUGGCAGGAUAGAGGCUUUCCCCAUCUACUUCAUCAAGGACAUACCUUGACGGUUUGUGUACAGUAGAGACGGUUGAUGGUUGUUGUAGGGAGCGGUAUGGCUUGUCAGACAACGCCAGGAUAGAGGCUUUUCCCCAUCUACUCCGAGGACAUACCUUGAGGGUCUGUGUAGAAAUGUAGAGACGAUUGAUGGUUGUAGGGGUAGGCUUUUCGCUUUCCCUAUCUACUUCAAAGACAUACCUUGAGGUUUUUAAAACUUUUGCACAGUACAGACAGCUGAUGGUUGUUGUAGUUGUUCGCCUGGAACAAUGGCAGGAUAGAGGCUUUCCCCAUCUACUUCAUCGAGGACAUACCUUGACGGUCUGUGUAGAAAUGUAGAGACGAUUGAUGGUUGUAGGGGUACGCUUUCGCUUUCCCCAUCUGCUACUUCAAGGACAUACCUUGAGUUGAGGGAUUUUUAUAAAAGUAAAUACAGCUGAUGGUUGCUGAAGGGGUUCGCGUGGAACAACAGCAGGAUAGAAGCUUCCCUCAUCUACUUCAAGGACAUAUCUUGAGGGGGUUUUGUACAGUAGAGUCGGUUGAUGGUUGUUGUAGGGAGGGGUAGGCUUGUCAGACAACGCCAGGAUAGUGGCUUUCUCCGUCUACUUCAUCAAGGACACACCUUGAGGGGUCUGCGUAGAGAUGUAGAGACAGCUGGUGGUUGUAGUCGAAGUUUGCCUGGAACAACAGCAGGAUAGAGGCUUUCCCCAUCUACUUCAUCAAGGACAUACCUUGACGGUCUGUGCACAGUAGAUACAGUUGAUGGUUAUUGUUGGGGUAGGCGUUUCGAACAACGGCAAGAUAGAGGCUUUCCCCAUCUACUUCAUCAAGGACAUACCUUGAGUGUUUUUUGUACAGUAGAGACGGUUGAUGGUUGUAUUGUAGGGGUA